AUGCCGUCGCGUCGCAAGCCGCACAAGCGCGAUGGCCCUCAGAUGCCACAAGCAGACGCAGAGGAGCAGCAGCCAAGCUUGGGUGUUACCGAGGACGCGCCUGCGUCGGAGCCGAGCAGCACAACAGCAGUUGUGCUGCAGCCGUCCCCAGUGAGCGGAGGCGACACUGACGACGACUCCUACAUGUCUGUCUUGACUGACGAAGAAGACUCAUACCGCCUCGUCAUUGAGCAUGACGAACACUUGGAACGAACUCGUGCGUACGCAGACUUCCACGGCCAGCUCGCCUGCAUGAAGAAGGCGGCAGCCGGAGCAGUCGGCCGCGACAGCGACGUGACGUCAAGACGGGUCUUCGACGUAUCGGCCAUGCGCACGGCACCAACUUCUCCAGAAGUGCCUCCGACGACGCCCGCACCGCUCACCACUUCACAGCAACAGCAGAGCGCCGCGCUGAGCAGCCAUCCCUCGCCCAUCCCCCUCGUCCGAACGCCGACCAACCGCGGCGACGUUUUUCCAGGCAGCGAAAACCACCUGGCGACACCGCUCAUGUGCAUGGAGCGCGGCGCCUCUCCGUCUCGGCCGCCCAAGGCGUCAGAUGCGAAAGAGGUGACCCGGCUGCAGGCCGAGAACACGCGAAUGGCAGUGGAGCUGCAGGCGAGUCAGGAGGCGGUGCAACGGCUGCACGAUUCGCUCCUGGAGGCUCGCGGGGCCCUGCUCCAUCGCGUCCGCGUCGAAGAGAAGGACGGCGCCGUGGGUCAGGCGGCAUCGGAGAGGCAGCAGCACUCUUUCCCGGCCGCCACCGACGCAUGCGAAGCAGCAGCGCAGCAUGUUACGUCCAGACGACCUCCGCUCGCCACUCCCACCACAGCCUUUUCUCCCUCCAACUCGAAGUCACCGGCGCCGGCCACUUCCGUGCCGACAGCCGCGUCCUCGUCCGCGGGCCACGAUCACCCGCCGCCGAAGGCGCUGCUUCGAAGCCCCGCCAAUCGCCUCAGCGACGGCGGCGUUGGUGCCCUCUGCCCCCACUCGAGCACGAAAAGGCUUGACGUGGCCGAGUUCUUCUGGGCUUUGCAAGUCGCCCCACCGCCAUCCACGCUGCAAUGCGGGUGCACAUGCAGCGAUCGCUGCCAAGCAUCGGCCACGUCCUUGUGCAGAGCACCAGAGAUGGCGGCCGAGGGCACCCCUUUCGGCGGCGCGUACGGUGCGACGAGCCGGCCAGUAGAGGGGGUGUCGACAGCGUCGGCGGAGAAGCCGCCGCCUCACCAUGUCUCGCGCUACCACCUUGACCACUGGCACGAUCCGCGGCAACGACAGGGCGCCGAGACGGAGGCGGUAGCCCUCGCCUGCGAGAGCGCCUGGUCGAAUUCGGACUACUACUGCUACCAUAUCAAGGAGAUGUCGAGCCUGCGCGUGGUGUCCUCUCCCGACGAGGCCGUCGAUGGCAGUGGCUCCACAGUGCCCGCCAUGAGCGACAGCGAAGUGGGUCGACGGCUUCUCCACCACAUCCCCGCUGCCGCGUCGCCGCCGUUAGCCGAAGGCAACACCCCGCUGUCGAGCCCCACUCCACACAGCACCCCGGUGGCAACAACGACGUGGUCGGUGUUGGAGGGGACGGUGACGUCAGUGUGGUCCCCGGCGAAAACGAGGAGCGCGGCCAUGUUGACCAGCAUCGUCUCCUCACCAUCCGAGCGUUGCUACUGGCUGCCGUACCUUCAGCGACUGUGGGUGACGUCGGUGUUGCGGCAUCUGCUGCUGUUUUUCUUGGUCACAGCGAUUUGUGUGCUUCUCUUCAUCCCUGGCGUUGUACUGGCCACCGUGAACGUCUUCGAGGCCGCCGAGGGGGAGGACUUCUACGCUCUUCACAACCGCUUCGGCCGCAGUGCCAUGCUCGUCGCGGCGAGGCUGGAUGCGUGCACGUUCGUGUUCUUCGCCUUCUUCGGUGCUCUGUGCAUGAUUAGUCAUCCGCAGCAGCAGCAGUCCUUGUCUUCGGUGGAUGCGCAGCAAGCAGACGCGGAGAAGGCAGCGGCGGUUUCGGUCCCUGAGGCUGGGUCCGCGGCUUCCGCCACCACCGCGGCGAAGCAGCCGCGGAGUAGCAUCUUCUCUGUGAAGUCAGUUGGUACGCUCGUCCACCUCAUGCUGUGCGCCGGCACCGGCCUUAUGUUUUUGGGCGCCCUUCUGCUCCGUGAGGGCUGCCGCGAUACGAACCUGUCGCUGGCCAUUCUCGGCGAAUCCUGCUACGGCGCGGGGGAGGCGUUGCUGCUGGCUGGGCUGGGCACCGUCGUGAGUGCGGAGGUUGGCGUUGCCGCCGGUGUUAUUGUCAGCUUGCAGAUCCUACUCUUCUCGUGGCUUAUCGUGAACGCCCUCGGCUUCUUCGUCCUCCCCAGCCUGAGCUACUACUUAUACAUCACCGCGGCUAUGUUGAACGCGCUUGUGUACGUGAACGGCUUCAUUGGUGCCUUGGUCUUCAGCGUCGUGAUGCUGUGCCCUCGUGACCUGAUCGAGCGUGCCGUGCGAGCAAGCGGGAAGGAUAUCACGCCGCGCAAACUGUGGUCAGCCGCGAGGCAUGACGUCUCGCUCUGUUUUCUUCUACGUGCUCUGACCGUUGGUCUACUGACAGCGGCGGUGGUGCUGCUCAUGAGCUGCGGGUUCGCCGUCUUCAUCCCGACGCAGGCGGCCGCCGCGGCGGUGGCCGAGUCAACCAAGUCGCACGCGCAGAUGAGCACCAGCACCGACAAGGGCUCGAGGGCCACGGAGGCGACGGAGUCUCUCACGACCUAUCAGGACAGCUGGACCACGCACCAGCGCCACGCACCGGUGCUGCUUUUCACGUAUGCGCUGGUGACGAUGCCGAUGUGCUUCAUCCCGCGCUUGGCAGCGCUCAUCAACCGAUGGUGCUCGGUGCCGCUGCUGACGACACUGCUAUGCGUCAUGUGGAUCAUCAGCACGGGGGCCUCGUGGGCGCCAGUUCUCGGCCUGGGGGCGUUGGCGUCGAACAGCGGCGGCAAGGACGGCGUAGCCAUCGCCACGGUCUCGGCAGUGCUGUCGCGGUGUAGCGGCGUUUGGCUUUGGCUGGCGGAGCGCCACUUCCUGAAUCCCUGCAUAGACGCCUGCGCGAUCGCCACGGGCGUCAUCUACACCGUUGUCGUCAGCAGUCUUCUGCGCUCGAUGGUGAAUGCUGGGGUGCGGUUGCCCGUCAUGCAUCCAAACCGCUGGCGCAUGGCCUUUCACGAGCGAGACCGCCACUCGGCAGCCGCCGCAGCGCGCUUCCCCAGCGAAUCGACGCCUCUCCUGGAAACUAGUGCGCAGAAGGGGUGUUGCAAGAACGCCGAGGCAGCAGCGGCGGGAACCGUGUGCCCCGACACGGCGACUGCCCCCCAUGCAGCUUCUGCUAACGCCCCCACGGCCACCAGAACGCACACUCCGGAGGAGUCGAAGACCUACGCAGAGGAGCUGCAGCGCUGUGUGCAGAUGCAGCUGCGCGGUGGCCCGACAGUCAUGACCGUGCUGACGUGCAUGCUGAUCAUGGUGGUGCUGCUCCUGUGCGUGGCGGUGAUGACAACAGCGGCGGUGCUGCUGAUCGACCGCGCUGAGUCGCCCGUGUACGUGAGGCGCCUCCUGCCUGGCGUGACCUUGGAUGAACACCUGAUCGCAAAGACUACCCUUGCGCUCGUGCUCAUCGCGGCGAUGCUGGUGCAGUGGGUGGAGGUGGCCCACCGGUUCCGACGCUGCCGUAGCAGCUGA